UAACUUGAAAGUAUUUGAAUUAAUAAUACUCCUAUUAUAUUCUGUCGCUACUCCACACAAUAAAAAAAAGAAGAAAACACCAACAGACAAAGACAAUCACAUCCAAAAACAGAAAUAAAAUAACCAAAAAUCUCUUCAAUUCUCAUCUUCCCUUCCCCGAAAUCACACAAUGUCACUCUCACUCUUUUUCCUCUUCACAAUCUUCACCCUCACAUCCGCCAUUGAAAUCCCUCGUUACCAUGAAGCUCCAGCUUUCAGAAAUGGAGAAUCCUGCGCCAUUCCAGGUACACCAUCUUCAACCAUCCACAUUGCAAUGACUCUUGACACUACCUACCUUCGUGGUUCAAUCGCCGCUGUAUUCUCCGUUCUCCGCCAUUCUACCUGUCCUGAAAAUCUCUCUUUUCAUUUCCUUACUUCUUCUCGAAACUUCUACAAUCUCAAUCGGACAAUCACUUCUACUUUUCCUUCUCUUAGGAUCUCUCUUCUUCAUUUCGAUCCACUUCUUGUUCGCGGCAAAAUUUCAGCCUCAAUUCGUCUUGCUCUUGAUCAACCCCUAAAUUACGCUCGUAUUUACCUCGCUGAUCUUCUCUCUCACGAUGUUGAACGAGUAAUUUACUUUGAUUCUGAUCUUAUUGUUGUUGAUGAUGUCGCUAAUCUUUGGAAUAUUGAUCUUGGUGUUCAUGUUCUUGGAGCUCCCGAAUACUGUCAUGCUAAUUUUACCAGCUAUUUUACCCCCAAAUUCUGGAACACACCAGAACUUUCAAAAACAUUCUUACGAAGAGAGAGAACUCCGUGUUAUUUCAACACAGGAGUUAUGGUAAUCGAUGUUGCCAAAUGGAGAAAAGGUGCGUAUACAUCAAAGCUAGAAAACUGGAUGAAAUUGCAAAAACGACACCGUAUUUAUCAAUUAGGUUCAUUACCGCCAUUUUUACUGGUAUUUGGAGGUGAAGUAGAGAGAGUUGAACAUAGAUGGAAUCAACAUGGAUUAGGUGGAGACAAUAUAAGAGGAUUAUGCAGAGAUUUACAUCCUGGAGCUGUGAGUUUGUUGCAUUGGAGUGGAAAAGGGAAGCCAUGGUUGAGGAUUGAUUCGAAUCGGCCAUGUCCAUUAGAUAGUCUGUGGAGCCCUUAUGAUCUUCUGUAUUCUCCGCCGUCUUCAUCUGCAACAAUUUUAUUAUCUGAAGGAUAAUUAAUUAUUUUAUUUUUAUUGUUUUGAUUGAUGGUUUGAGAAUCGUGACAUUGUAAUUCGUGUGUUAGGUGGUGUACAUUAUUAUUGGGUUUGUGUAAUUAUUAAUGAUAAGAUUGCCACAAUUUAGUGCUCCCCACUCUUUGAUUUAUUGGAUGGUAAUUCAUUCUUCAUUCA